UGCGAAUCUCCCUCAAAAACACGGAGACCCGGACAGCAGCUUGUCAUCUGCCUUCUUCCACCCCUCUCCAUUUUUUUCUUCGUUACAUAUCAUGGGCUGCGACAAGAUCCUCGGUGUUGCCUGUAUCGCUGCGGCGGCUGUCCUCCUGGCGCUCGUCGCAUUCGAUGUGCCGUACUUUAAAUCUAUCUACUUCCUCCGUAUCGACCUCGCGGGCGUCGCGGCCUCAACCGCCUCAAGCAACCAGACGACGCCGUUUGUCGACCUUGGAGUGCUCGGAUUCUGCACGGAUCUGAAGAACGGGCUGGGGCUCCAAUGCUCGCCCGCGAAGAUAGGGUACUCGCUUUCAGAGGCCUCGCAAUUCAUCAACGGCUCGCUGCCAGCGAUUCUCACCAAGGAGAUCGAUGUCGCUGCCACCGCACUGACGAAAGCGCUCGUGCUGCACAUCGCCGCGCUCGCAAUCACGCUCGGCGCCUUCGCCUUCGGCCUCCUCGCACUAUGCGGCGUGCCGAUCAUCGCCGAGUGCUGUGCAGAUUGCUUCAGCGGUUUUGCCGGCGCGACAGGCUUGGUGGUGUUCGUGUUCGACCUCGCCUUUUUCUUCAUCAUCAAGAAGCGGGUUAACGACUUGUCGGGUGUGAACGUCGCGGUCAUGGGCAACGCCAUCUGGCUAACACUCGCCGCCAUGGGUCUGCUGUUCAUCACCCCCAUCAUGUUCCUUAUCGGCAGGUGCUGCGGUUGCGCCAGUCGGGGAGUGUACAAGCCUCUACGAGCUUGAGCGUAGAUCACGUUUUCAUGUGGACUUCAUGUGGACUUUUUCUGUUAUAAAAGCUAUCAAUGAUUUGAACGUAGCGGCGUCUCAUCUGUAUCUACCACAAGUCGCAAUGUAUCAUUACUGUCUCGGUUUAGUACAGGUAUCGGU